AUGUUGAACAUUAAUUGUUACGAAGAUGGACUUAAUAUAUUGAUUGCAUCAAUAAAGAAUCAAAUGCAUUAAACAAUUAGGAAAAAUAAAUUCUAAAUUUCUGAAAUUAGAAAGAAUAAUGGUGUUGAAAUAAGAUCUAAUCUACUUUCUGCUCGAUCUAACAUGAGAAAUUGCAUUGAAAAUUAAUCUACAUAUCAUUGUUACUCAAGAUUGUUAGAAAUCAAAAGGAGAUACUCUCUUUUACCUUUAAAAAACAAUCAUUAUAGAUCUCCUAAAAAAGAAAAGUUAAAGCUUAAAACCAGAGUUUCAGACAAAGAGAAUUUAAUGAAAUAAAAGUUUGAAAUACGAGCAUGGACUAUUCCAGACACGAACCAAACAGAUCAAAAUUGA